CCACACUCCACCAUUAUCCAUCAUCACUCACUUUCUCUCUCCCCUUAAACGCCAUUUCCCCUCUUCUUCCAAUGGCUUCUUCUCUGUCUUCUUGUUGGGCUUUGACACUGCUUAUUUGGGGUCUUUUGGCUGUGGCCUCUAUGGCCAAUUUCUACUCAGAUUUUGAUAUAACUUGGGGAAACGAUAGGGUAUUGAACAAUGGUGAGCAGCUUCACCUCUCACUAGAUAAGUAUUCUGGCUCUGGUUUUCAAUCCAAGAAUGAAUACCUCUUUGGGAACAUUCAUAUGCGCUUGAAGCUCGUACCAGGCAAUUCUGCAGGCACUGUUACUGCCUACUAUUUAUCUUCACAAGGCCAGACCCAUGACGAAAUCGACUUCGAAUUCCUGGGGAAUUUGAGUGGAGACCCUUAUACCCUCCACACCAAUGUGUUCUCUCAAGGGAGGGGAAACAGGGAGCAACAGUUCCACUUAUGGUUCGAUCCAACCAAAGACUUCCACACCUACUCCAUCUUGUGGAACCCAAACCACAUCAAGUUUUCAGUGGAUGGUACGCCCAUAAGAGUGUUCAAAAACGCAGAGCAUUUAGGAGUUCCCUUUCCAAAGAACCAACCCAUGAAGCUAUAUUCGAGUCUGUGGAAUGCUGAUGAUUGGGCCACAAGGGGUGGUUUAAUUAAGACUGAUUGGUCUCAAGCUCCUUUUGUGGCUUCUUACUCUAACUUUGAAGCUGAUGCUUGUGUUGCUUCUAAAUCAUCAGCAUCUUCUUCAUCUCCAUGCAAAGAGGCCUCUGGUUCAGCCUGGUUGAGCCAAGAAGCCUUGGACACAAAUGGGCAAGAGAAGUUGAAAUGGGUUCAAAAGAAUUAUAUGGUCUAUAAUUAUUGCACUGAUACCAAACGUUUUCCUCAGGGCCUUCCCCCUGAGUGUUCACUCUCUUCUUAACUCACAUCUCAUACCCGUCAUUCUUUAAAUUUCAUUAUACCCGCAUUGGAGGUAUCAUCACAUCGUUUAUGUAUAAUUGUUUCCCCCCAUUCAUAUUAUUUUAAAAUGAAAUAUUCGUUUUAUUUGAUCACAAAA